AGAAAUGUUGCCAUCAAUUAUGACAACAACACCACCGUUGCCACCGCUGCUGGCGGUAUGGCUACCGGUGUCGGUGUCAGUGUCGGUGUCGGCGAGACAGCCAAACAACGAAAGGUUGACUUUUCGCACAUUGAAAUCAAUAGACGAUACGAUCGGCCAAUCGAUAGCAACCAUAUCGAUAACAAUGGCUUUAGUAGUAGUGGUCAACACCAACAACGGCUAAGUCUAAUAGACAGUGAUAUAGUAUCGGACGACUCUCAGACAUCCACAUCACAUACUCGGCCACAGUCGCCGACACCACCGCAGCAGAUGAGCUCCCGGUUCGCUGCCUGUCGACGAUCGCAACACCAGAGACUAAGUUUGUUAGGCCGUCCCCUAAACUAUAGACACCAUUGUUAUCAGCAUAAAAAUCAAAGAUAUCGAUUAAUUCAAAGUCAUUUAUAUAAUUUUCUUGAACGACCCCGAGGUUGUACUGCCGUUUUAUAUCACUUAUCAAUGUUUUGUAUGGUCUUUGCCUGUCUGGUCCUUACAGUCUUCUCGACCAUCAAAGAGUAUGAGACAACAGCUUCAGCCAUACUAUACGUUAUGGAGAUAGUAAUGGUUGUGUGGUUUGCUUUUGAAUUUUUCUUCCGGAUGUGGUCUGCGGGAUGUCGUUCAAGAUAUCAGGGAUGGGUCGGUAGGUUAAGGUUCCUCAGGAGUCCAUUUUGCGUUAUCGAUGUAAUAGUAAUCAUUGCGUCGAUAGUUGUCUUAUCGAUGGGCAGUUCGGGUCAAGUAUUUGCCGCAUCAGCUCUUCGUGGACUUCGGUUCUUCCAAAUUCUUCGUAUGGUUCGUAUGGAUAGGAGAGGCGGUACCUGGAAAUUGUUAGGUUCUGUUGUCUAUGCACAUCGACAGGAACUGAUAACAACAGUAUACAUAGGCUUCCUUGGGUUAAUAUUUUCAUCGUUUUUGGUUUAUUUGGUCGAAAAAGAUGUCGAAGAAACUAAAUUUGAGAGCUUUGCCGACGCUUUGUGGUGGGGAGUGAUAACCUUAUGUACAGUGGGUUAUGGAGAUAUAUUUCCCAGCACUUGGACGGGAAAAAUAAUAGCAGCUUUUUGUGCACUAUUAGGCAUCUCAUUUUUUGCAUUACCAGCUGGUAUACUGGGUUCAGGGUUUGCACUGAAAGUACAGCAACAACAGCGCCAGAAACAUAUGAUCCGACGCCGAGUACCGGCCGCCACACUCAUCCAGAGCCUGUGGCGCUGUUAUGCUGCCGAUGAAAACUCAAUGUCGGUGGCCACUUGGAAAAUUCACCAGGUCCCAUUGCCCAGUCCACCAGCGGAUAAACUGGAUUUACCUCAAAGCUCAGCCGUUGCACUCUUCAAACAUAACACAUCGUUUGUUAGCCGCUUCUCAACCAUACGCCGGCAUAAGUCGACCACUCAUUCGCCGCUAACUCGCAACCGAUUCGGUACGUCGUCGGCCAACGGACGCCAUAAUCGUGACGACGGCUCCCGAAUGCCCGGCAGUCUCAGUGAAGACAGUGUAGCCAAAGAUAUAUCCGAUGCUUCCAAACGCAACUCCGAUGACCUGGAUGGUGGUAUACCAUUGGUAUUGUGCAAUAUGUUGAGACGUGAUUGCAAUCAUCCGCCAUUUCUGGCGCUGUCACCUGCAUUCAGAUCUGCCAUUGAUUUUCCUACACUAUCGACAACAGAUGACGAACCAGAAGAACCAAAACUAACAGUUUUGACAAAACAACACAAGAAUGCCAUCAGAUCUUUAAGAAAAAUAAAAUAUUUUGUCGCCCGAAGAAAAUUUAAGGAAGCGCUCAAACCCUACGACGUCAAGGAUGUCAUUGAACAGUACAGUGCCGGACACGUGGAUCUGUUAGCACGUGUCAAAAAUGUACAAGCUAGAUUGGAUGUCAUACUAGGAAAGGUAGGCUCAAAAGCCAAGGAUGUCUACGAAUCCAAGAUAAGUGUUGCCUCAAGAAUAGUCAAAGUAGAGAGAGCUGUCGAAGACAUUGAAAACAAGAUCGACCAGUUAAUGGAAAUGUAUUUAGAGGACAGGACACGUAUGUCGGCUACACUGUUAUCUGGUUGUGGUGGCGGAGCAGCUGCCGGUGCCGGUGGACAACAUAUGCCAACAACACCAACAACGGGAACAACAGUUCCCGGCUAUUAUCCGCCGGGAUAUCAUCAGACCGGGACAACACUAUUGACGUCAUCGUCUAUUGCCAAUCAUUCGCUACAACAAUCCACUGGUGGAGGAGGAGGUCCGCCACCUCCGCCUCCCAGUACUCCAGUACUGAUGACACCCUAUCAGUCAAACGGCUCAUUAUCUCCAUUUGCCAACAACAACAACACAAUAUCGUCUUCAUCAGCAGCGGCAGCGGCAGCAGCGGUAACAAUGGCAAAGCCAAAGCCAUUGAUGGCGGCGGCCGCCGCCGCCGCCGACAGCGACAACAAACAAUACUCUGAACCCAAUACACCGGUCGGCCGGUGUGUCGGCGACAGUACUCGACAACAGUUUCAAAGAGGAAACUCCGAUCUGAGUCAACGGUUUUUCAAGAAACGGGUUCAACUAAGACAUUCGUUGGAGACGACGACAACCGCCGCCGGUAACUCUAAUCGGUGCUCGAGUGCCGGCACUCAGCGGACAGCCAACGAAAUACAGCGAACAGCCAGAAGUGAUUCAUCCAUUAUUGGCGGCAUUAUGUUAUCGUCGGCCACAGCGUCGGCGCCGGCCAUCAAACUUGAAACCGAUAUACUACUGAACGAAAUUCAUCAAAUGUCGCCGAUGUUUGAGCCGAACAGUUCCCGUAUGACACUGUUGUCGUCAUCGGGCGGCGAGUCCUGCUAUGAGCCGGAAAUGAUGUCCGAACUGAUGUCCGACUCGAGUACAUUACCGACAGAGCUCGAGUCGCUCUGUGUUAGCGACGAAUUGGUUUCAAUGGACAGGGAUUUGUCUCAAUCAUCUGAUCUGGACUUUAUCGACGAUCAGCCGACAACAACAACAACACAGGUCAGCCGCAAGAGUAGUAAUGGCCAACAACAACAACAAGAAAGUAGUAGUUACUCAGCAAUUGUCGCUAUGCGGGAUCAGUUUGAUCGGCUACUCAUACCCGAACUGAUGACUGAUACCACUACGACUACCACUACCGGCGGCGGCAACGAAUCCGAUUGCGACCUCAGCCAGACUACCGUCAUUCAAGUGGCCGCCGAAACACAAUCAUUGUUGAGUCACGGCAGCAGCAGCGGUAGUAGUAUUAGUCCAUUGUCUAAUAUGAUGGCCCAAACAAGUCCUCUAUCAUCAUCAACAACACCACCACCACCAACAACAACGACAUCACCGCAACCAUCGUCUACGAUGAUGCUAAUAGAUAGUAGUAGUAGUAGUGGUGGUGGCGGUAGUAGUAAAUUGCAUCCUAAAUAUCAUCACCAUCCACACCAUGGUCAUCAUCAUUCACAUCAGGUCCAUCAUCAUCAUCAUCAUCAGUACAAGUCAUUACCAUCGACAACGACAACGGGAAACACUACUACACAUUCAACGACCGAUAAUUUAUAG